AUGACCGAACACAUUGACAAUAGUCGACUUAAUAGUGAUCUUCGUUAUCGUUUUGAAUAUAUAUCAAAAUUUUUAAAUUUUACAUCAGAUGAUAUUGCUAUGCUUAAUAAAUUUGCGCCAAUACUAUUUCCACGUAUACCUGUUAUAACCGAUACUGUUUAUAGAAAAUUAUUUUCAUUUGAUAUAACAAAACAUUAUUUUUUAAUUAAUAAUGAAGGUUUUGAAGGUUUUGUUCCGAGAAAACAAGGUAAUAUAACAUUAGAAUCAGCACAAAUGACAUUUCGUAAAGAUAUGUUAAGUAUGUAUUUAAAACGUGUCUUAACACAACGUGAAUGGAAUGAUACAUUUCUUCAAUAUUUAUCUCAUAUUGGAAAAAUGCAUACACAAAAAGCUGGUUCAUCAUCAAUUAAUGUUGAUUAUAUACAUGUAAAUGCAUUACUUGGUUAUUUAGAACAUAUACUUAUUGAUGUUUUAUGGAAUGCAGAUAGUAUUGAUGAUAAAACUCGGCAAGCAAUUGUAAUGGCAAUAAAUAAAUUUUUUUGGAUACAAAAUGAUUUUUUUACAAUGCACUAUUUAACAUCAUGGAAAGAAAAUCCAACGUCAAAUGAAACCUCAAUGAAAAAAAGCAAAUAUUGUUGUAUAUAA